AUGAAUAUUGAACAUAAAGAAAUUUUUGUAAGUAAAGAUUUAAAAGGGAAUAUGAAUAAAAAAGGUAUACAAGAUAAUAUUUAUGAUGAAGGAAAUAAAAGUGAUGAUAUGUGUUAUGAAGAUUUAGGAAGUAAUGUUUUCGAAAGCGAUUGUGAAGUUUAUCCACAAGUAUUAAAAAAUGAAAGAAAUAUUGGAAAUGAAGUAUGUAAGGAAAAUUGUGAAGUUUAUCCACAAGUAUUAAAAAAUGAAAGAAAUAUUGGAAAUGAAGUAUGUAAGGAAAAUUGUGAAGUUUAUCCACAAGUAUUAAAAAAUGAAAGAAGUAUU